AACCACGGCCUCUCCGCAUGACGGAGUGCCCGACUGUAGCCAAUAGGACGCGGUUUGGGACGGAGCCUGGAGGAAGGGCUUAUAAGUGACCCACGCAUCGCUUUUUGCUAAGGAAGAGGAAGGUGGUGUUUCACAGACGUUAUAGAAAUUUUGGGGACCUCGCAGUAAUCGAGGAAAGACACGGGUACUGGACCUGGUUCUGAAAGUGAGGCGUGAUGAGGUUUUCGUAGGAGGACACCCACUCCAUCUGACCCCUGAGGAGACUGAGCAGCAGGAAAACAUGAGGCUUGAGUGAGGUAUAAGAGCGCUCCAGUAAUGUGCCAUGGGGUACGACGUCACCAGGUUCCAGGGGGAAGUGGAUGAGGAUCUGCUUUGUCCCAUUUGCAGUGGAGUGCUAGAGGAGCCAGUGCAGGCCCCGCACUGUGAGCAUGCCUUCUGUAACGCCUGCAUCACGCAGUGGUUUGCGCAGCAGCAGAUCUGCCCUGUGGACCGCACCGUGGUGACGCUGGCACACCUGCGGCCGGUGCCACGCAUCAUGCGCAACAUGCUGUCCAAACUGCAGAUCUCGUGCGAUAAUGCAAGCUUCGGCUGCACGGCAACGCUGCGCCUCGACCAGCUCCAAUCUCAUCUCAAAGACUGCGAGCACAACCCCAAACGACCCGUCAUCUGCGAGGAGGGCUGCGGGUUGGAGAUGCCCAAAGACGAGGUGCCGAAUCACAACUGCAUCAAGCACCUGCGCAGUGUUGUGCAGCAGCAGCAGACCAAGAUCGCGGACUUGGAGAAAACGGCAGCUGAGCACAAACACCAGCUGGCGGAGCAGAAACGGGACAUCCAGCUCCUCAAAGCGUACAUGAGGGCGAUCCGAAGCGCAAACCCCAACCUGCAGAAUCUGGAGGAGAGCAUCGAGUAUAACGAGAUCCUGGAGUGGGUGAACUCGCUGCAGCCUGCCCGUGUGACACGCUGGGGAGGCAUGAUCUCGACCCCUGACGCCGUCCUGCAGGCCGUCAUCAAGCGCUCGCUCAUCGACAGCGGCUGUCCUCUCUCUAUAGUCAACGAGCUCAUCGAGAACGCCCACGAGCGCAACUGGCCUCAAGGCCUGGCUACGCUGGAGACGCGCCAAAUGAACCGGCGCUACUACGAGAACUACGUAGCCAAACGCAUCCCAGGCAAACAGGCCGUGGUGGUGAUGGCGUGUGAGAACCAGCACAUGGGCGAGGACAUGAUCCUGGAGCCGGGAUUAGUCAUGAUCUUCGCUCACGGAGUGGAGGAAAUCUUAUAGUCAGGACUGGGAGAAGGGUCAGCUCUCCUCCGGGGUUUAGAUCUUCACCUCAUCAAGGACAUGUACCAACAAGAGAGGACAUGAUGUAUGAAGGAACAGAAUGAACUGUGUAUGUGCUGAGGAUGAAAACCUCCAGCCUUCCUGUUGCCUUAAAAAAAUUUAAUAAAAAAAAAUAAAAAGAAGGAAAGCAGACUUUGAAUAAAACACUCUGAAAUGUAAAACCACGAAGAAAUGCUGGAGCUUUAUCAUUUAUCACCACUGACAGAAUGAAUCAAAGUCUCUUUACCACUUUAACGCUGUUUUACAAAAUGUCCUUUUCCGAUCCUGUAAUGUAAAUGAUCUCGUGUUUGUAAAUACGGAAGAUUUAUGGAAGAAAUAUAAACAUAUAUGCUAUCUAUUCUUGGUAUCUUAGAAUAGCGAAGACUUUUUUAAAUAAAGUCGUGAGGAUUAGCACGCCAGUACAGAGGCUUAUCCCAACUCUGAUUGGGUUUAGCGCAUACAUUUUAUAAUAUAUAAAUAAACUAUUAUAUGGACACGAGCGUUUUACUGGGAAUUACGCCACUCCUAUUUUUCAGCCGGGCUCCAUCUGGGACAUGGAGAAGCAAAACCGUGACCUAAAUCUGUCACUCAUGAGGAAACCAAUGAAUUGUUUUUGGGGACUUUUUGUUUGUCGAUUUAUAAUAAAAAAAAAAAAAAUUUAAAAAUCACACGCUAGCUUGAAGAUAUGAAGUUUAUCUUCUCAUGUUGAGAAACUGGUAUCUUUCAUGAGUGGCGUUUAAAUAAAAUUGGCUGGCUUUGUUCUCGUGGUCUAUCAAAUCUAUUCAGCUAGCGUGAUACUGAACGAGUCGAAGACGAGUAGCUUAAUGGAAUAUAUCUGAUGGACCAUAAAUUAUUAUACAUAUGCAUUCCUUUCGGGUGUUCAACUCGUCUUUCUCUUUCAGAAUUCCCUCAAAAUCCUCCGUAUUCAAUGAAGCAAACCUGGCAGCCAUGUUUGUUUAUUUACAAAUUGUCCCAGUCGCUUGCUAGGAUGGAAGUUUUACGUCUCCACUGUGUGAUGUCAUGUUGUCUUGGCAACCAUGCAAUAUCAUGAACCGUAUUCAACGCUCAUUCUCUGGUAGAGUGACGUAAUACACGUAGGAUAAGCGAUAUGCUAAGAAUAUUGCAUGCUAUCAAACCAAAGGAAUGAAACCCGCUAGAAGGGAAUAGAACGCGUUUUUAUUCCAUCGAAAAAGUAUGUAUAAAAAUUCCUGAUAUUUCACACUGAUGUCACUCCCAGUGUUUUCCCGCUGACUAGACGUGCGUUGUCGAAAUGGUGAACCGGUUCAAAAUUAAAUUUUUUUUUUUUUUUAUUUUAAAUGGAUGUCCAUAUAAUAUAAAGAACAUUACACGGGGGUGCGAAGAUGUGAAGUUUAUCUUCUCGUGUUGAAAAUAUUUUGCUUGUUCACGUCGCUCACUUGUGAAAUGGGUCCACCGCUCAAAGAUAAACUUCAUAUCUUUGUGCCACUGUGUUAUUUUUUUUAUAUAUAUAUAAAAUAUGCAUUAAGCAUCUUAAACGUGUAUAACGAGGUUGUUUAGUGUGCUGCUUUCUGUCUGUGAUCUCUGUGCUAGCUUCAGCUGCAUUAGCCGAUCCUGAUCAAGGCUGUGUGGGUCAGAAGAAUAAGCCUGUACGGUCCAGACCUCUGAAAGAAGGAACAUGAUCUCUUUGACAUCUGCUAAACUGCUGGCACUUAGAGUGAGAGGAAUGAGCGAGAGAGCGUGCAGGGAACUCUGUGGGCUGUAAUUGUUCAUUACCUCUGAACUCGACCACGGCUUCAACUGUGGCUUUUGAUUCAUUUCUAGUUGCAUAUGAUUUUCAGAGCUACAUCAUGUUCCUACUUUUCUCACACUAAUUUAUUCCCGAUCCUUCCAGCUCGUGAGGAGAGUAAUUCCUCCCACCCAGAGAUUUCUAUCAGAAAAUAAUCACAUUACUGAUUUAAUCAAGGAACAGUCAAGUCUAACCUGAGGAUGCGUCCUAAUGUGUUCCUGUUUUAAAAGAUAAUCGAGAUGAUUGAAAUAAUUCAGGUCGCGGAGAGGAAAAAUAAUCACAUUUUUGUCGAAAUAGAUCAAAUCCUGCCCCACACCCACGCUUGCUUGAUCUGUGCUUAAAUCCAGCCACUUGGUCUCUUCCUUUGUCUCAAUGCCACUUAGUGUUUGCUUCUUUAUAUUUUGUGUAAUUAAUUGGUUAAGGAAUAGUGACUGAUUUUGAGAUUAUUUUGCUUUUUUUUUUUUUGUCUUGGUAUUUUUUUUUUCUCUUUGUAUAUAGUGGAUUUUAAACGAAGUUCUGGUGUAAUUCUUGUGCUACGGUUGUCUUUUGUUCACGCUACCAAAGUGUUUUGUGAGUUUUUUUUUUUUUAACAUUUAAAAAAAAAAAUUUUUUUUGGUUCUGCAAAGAAAACAUGAUCUCUCUUGUACAUCCUGAUGAUGUAUGUCGUCAUGCUCACUUUUAUUUAGACUCGAAUGUCAGGUGCGUCAUUCACACGGCUGCACGUCGACGCGUGAAACGUUCACGUCGGUCAGUGCUACGUGUACAGCACUGCGUAAAAGUCUUGGGAACGUAGAAGAUGAAGAAACUAUCCAAAGUACAACUUUAAUGAGAUGUAAAAAUUUCUAUACAUCUCAUAAAUGAUUACAAAUAAGACUGGUAAAAGAAGAAAAAUCAAAUCAGGAUUUAAUUAAACAUUCAUUUUUAUAAUGAAAUAUGUAAACUAAUGUUUCUAAAAUUUAAGCAGAUUUGACCACCUUUGUCUUUCUGUACACUUUGGAGCUUGGUAAUAAACGUACAAUAAUAAAUAUACAACAUAUAAAAAUAUAAUAGUCAACUGUAGUGCAAUCAAAUUGCUAAUUUAAAAAAAAAGGCAAAAAUGGAGAGGAGGAUUUAAUAAAUUCUGAAAAAUCAUUCAUUUAAAAAAUAUAUAAAAUUGUAAGAACUGACUUUUUCUGCAAAUUUUGUCUGUUUAAAGUCACAUCUGUUUUUUUUUUUUUUAAUAAUUUUCCUCUCACUGACCGACUGGUGAAAGAAAAUGUAAGUUUCUAAAAAUAUAAUUUUCUACUAGUGUAGAAAAUUAAAAAAAAUAUUCCAACAUAUAGAAUUUAUUAAAUAAUUGCGCACCUAAGACUUUUCCCCAGUACUGUGCGUUUUUUCCUUUUCAUUUCCAAAGUCAUGUUAAAUGCUUUAAUUUAAAUGCUUUUCAAAAAAUAUCCUUUGACAGUUUAAAAAGAAAAAAAAAGCACUGAAGUGCUUACAUAUUUAUUCGUCCUGUAGUCCACUAUUCAUAAAUAUGCAAAUUAGAUGCAUCUCAUGUAGUAAAUUGAUUGGUUGUUGUGUUUUAUGAUGCAGUAACACGGUCACAUGAUCAGUACUUUUUCUUUUUUUUCCUCCCUCAGUGAGGUUUUCAGAAUCCUGUUACGAGUUUUCACACUUCCCCACACACUUUAUCCAGAAAGGACUUGAUCAUAAACUUCUGUAUUUAAAAAAAAAAAAAAAACCAUCCGUAAUACUGAUGUUUUCAACUAGACUGUGAAUUCUACAUCUUGACUGAUAAUCAAGAAUAAUCAGCAUUUGUAAUCGUAUUAUACUUGGUUCAUACUUCUACAUAUUUCCACCAUUAGGUGUUUCGUAUCCAUGACCACGUGUGAAGGUUUGACGUUUUAGUCCCAACCUGAUCGUUUUCUGCCCUAAAGCAUGGUUGUAGUGUACGUGGUGGAAAGAAGGAGCGAGUGGAUAGCUGUGCUGUGAUGUGACGCGAGACUGACGCGUUGUGUGACCUACCGCAGGGUUUACUGGCUGAUGUUCGUGUCUCGUCCUGUCGAAGCCAAACUGCUCCGUUUUUUUUUUUUGCAGUGCAAUGUCUUUAUGGCUGUGGCGCUGUUUACUGUUUACCUCUGUCACUCUUUUGUCUUGUGUGUUUUUUUUUUUGUUUGUUUGUUUUUGACAAUAUUAAUAAACAGAUAUUUAUUUCCGAA